AUGAGUGGACAGGGCUGUCAGCUCCUGGUGUCCCCAUCAUUGAACAUGAUCAGAGGACACCAGCCCCAGUCCAUCAGGAUGCCCAUGACUUCCCCGCAACAGGCCAGUCUCAGUCCCUCCUCCUGCAUGGAAGUGAAAAAGGGGGCUAUAAACCCUCAUAUCUCUGGAAAACAAAGUGGAAGCCAUGUUUUCCUGCCUGCGCUGAGCCUACGCAGACAGGUGCUAACCAAUGGGAAACAAACGAACGUACAGACUGCAUCUCCAAACCAUCAAGUGCUUGCUUAUCGUCCUCCAACCACAACAGCUACCACUACUGCAAAUACAGGACUCUGCUCCUCGAGAAACAGCUCUAGAGGUAAAAUUUAAGGGCUUCAAAUGUAUAAUUAGCCCAGGAUUUGGGAGCAAAACUCAAUAAACAGACAACAAACAAAAAGAACCAAACCUUAAUAACGCAAACUUGGUAAAUCUAAGUGUUAUAGCAGAGUCAGAGUCAAGGUAAAGAGGCAAUAAAUGGAAAUGCAAACAGUGAUAAUUAGAUCAUAUUAAAAAUGACAAUGAUAGGAAUUAUCACUUAGAAUAGUUUAAUUUAUUUUGCAGAGUAUAAUAAGAUGCUGUAGUUCACAGCAUUUAAGAAUAAUACGUACAUUAUUUAAGCACAUUAUCUAUAAAAUAAGUUAGAGACCAAUCCAGUAGACCAAUAUCUCAACAGAUACACAGUUUAGUUUUUACAACCUUUGCUGUCAUAUGUUAGACUCUUCGUCUUAUUUAUCUCAAAUUAACCGAGCAUAAAACUUUUCUACAGAGAAAGAGAGGGAGGAGGCGAAAGGCUCAUUAGUGAUUAACAGAGCAGAAAGAGUGUCGGCCUGCUCAGGUUGGAGAGUGAAAGUCCACAUUGAGCCGUGUAAACUUUUCUUUAAGUAGGCUGAAUAUUUAGUUAGUGCAUUUUAGUUUCAUUGGGGCCUUUAAAAAAAUAGAUAUGACUGAGUGAUAUAAAGAUGCAUUUGAAUAGCACUGAAAGCCACCCCUGUGUAAUGAGGAGAAACAGGAACAAUGUCUUUCAAUAACAAGACAUUGAGAAACUCCUAUGUUUGUAAUUAUGGCUCAUCAGAGUAAAAAGGUACAUUUUAGUCCUCUGGUUCUCUGUAUAUGACAGAUAUUAUUCAAAUGAAAUCUUGUAAAACCACAUUCUGUGUCUGACAAACAUCCACACACCAGCACACAGUCUUAUAGUCCUCUCUGUGACCAGAAGGGGUUUUAUUUGGUUCUCAGAUGCGUUACAUUUGAGUGGUCUAAAGCCAGAACAGUACGUAACAGCAGUUCAGGUGCCCAGAAAUAGACUCUCAAAGGUUACAGGUCUUCAUCCUGUUAUUUCAGCUUUCCCCUAAUAUCGGGUGACAAUAUCCCUUCCAGAUAUUGGUGAUCAAAAUAAAGAUGUAGAUGUAAUGGGAGUAAAUAAAGAGCCUAGAUAUGGAUUCUUCAUCUAGUUCAGGGAUAUUUAACCACUUAUCAAAUAUACAAGUAGGUUGUUGUCUGAUUUGUUCUCUCUUUUUUUGCUUGUUUCUCACAGGUUGCUCUUUGUCUCGCCCAACUAUGGAGGUAUUCGGUCAGCCAGCUGCUGCUAACCUGACUGUAACCAGCAGUCCCAUGACUGUAGCCCCAGUGCAGCGGUAUACUGCAGGGCCUGCUGCGCCACACCCUCCAUCACAUCCACAUGGUGUGCAGGUCCCCCACACUGAAGCCAGGUAGGACCAGCGUGUGAUGAUUUGCUCACUUUAUCUUUAAAGCGAUACUAAAGCAGAUAAUAACACUGUGUUUCAGGUCAUUGCUGUCCAGAGAGUCUCUGGCAUCCACCACCCUCAGUCUGUUUGAAACACAGUCAGUGUUUAGUGGCAGACAUGACUGGCCGUAUGGCUACCGUGUGCUCCCUCCAGUAAGUCUAGCGCCAGCCAGCGAGGGAGGAGAGCAGAUCAGCCUCUCUCCUGGUACAGCCAUGUCAGGCACCACCACCUCAGGGGGCACCAGCACUUCCGCCUCCCUGCCCUCAUACCUCUUUACAUGCGAUGCUGGAAGCCCCAGACAGUCCCGAGCUAAGAAGAGAGCUCUCUCCAUGUCGCCAUUGUCAGAUGUCAUGGGUAUUGAUUUCAACUCCAUCAUACGCACCUCUCCUACCUCCCUUGUGGCGUACAUCAAUGGCUCCCAGAGCUCUCCUGCCUCUCACCGUGCUCUCUCACCUGUCCAGUCUGAAGGUUAUGGCCACUUUCUGGGUGUGAAAGGCAGCUUCAUUCCCCAGACUCAUCCCUACAGUAUGCCAAGCUCAUCACAGGCUGUGGCCCCACAUGGAGGAGGUGGUCGUAUACAGAUGCUUGAAGAGGGAGGUGGUCUGGAAAGCCAGAUGGCAAACAUGGUGGUAGAGCAGCAGUGCCUCCCAGAGGAAGGGGGGGCAUUGGAGAACACUUUACAAAGCUGCAGCCAAACCACCAACAACCUGCUGCCGUCUCUGGAGCUACAGCCAGCCAUGCUGACAACUAUCCAAGAAGCUGCAACUCCUCAGGGGCCUCCACCACCCUACCACUCGCACCAGCACGUCCAUCUCACUAGACGUCACUGCAAAUUGAAGCCACCUUCUCAGGAUCCUCUCACGCAUGCUCCUAUUGUCCCUUCCAGGCAUGGGGUUAGCUUUUUACCCCAGGUCCCAAUGCUGGAGGAGGAAGAAGGAGAGCUGGACGACUAUGGAGCACACUGCUGCAGAUGGCUGAACUGCAGUGCAGUGUAUGAGCAAAAGGAGGAGCUGGUAAGGCACAUAGAGAAACUACAUGUGGACCAGAGGAAGGCUGAGGACUUCACAUGCUACUGGAUGGGCUGUCCACGUAACUUUAAGCCGUUUAAUGCCCGGUACAAGCUUCUUAUCCACAUGAGGGUCCAUUCAGGAGAGAAACCCAACAAGUGCACGGUACUCUAUGGUCAACACAGUCUUGUCUUUUCUCUUGAUACAAAAAGCUUUACUUUGUAUUCAUGCUGUUUAUAACAGGAAAUUGUCCUCUUCUAAUAAUACACUUUAACCUAUAUGUAAGGAUGCUGAAUUGAUGUAGUCAAAGCAGAAAAAUGAUGAAUGUCCAGGUCCCACUGAGAUCAAUUCUCAGUCUUGCAUUCAAAGCCACAAUAUUAGAAAGCUUCAAGCCUCAAGCUGCAGGAAAAAAGAAAAAACCUUUUCAGGACAAAUACCUUCAUGUUCUCAGUGUUUACCGCCAAGGUUUGUAUAAAAAAUAUAGCCUCUCUCUUUUCUUACCAUUAGCUGUGGGGUAAUUAGCAAAGCUCUUUGAUAAUUGACAUGGGAGUUAACUCAAUUAUGUAGUUAUUAAACGAGCACAAAGGAUGCCUAGCACUUCAGAUCUGGCCCGGUACCAUGCUUUCUAGUCGCUACACAGCCUGUCAGCAGGAUGGGGUUUUGCCAGGCCACUGUCUGACAAACUUGGCUGUCGUUCUGGGAAGGUGAUGCCCCAUAGUCUGGCUCUACAGGUCUGCAUCUGUGGCCAAAUAGAUGGCGUCUGUCCACAGGCCUGAUUAUUGAUGAGCUAAUGGUUUUGUUUGUCUAAGAUUGAUGAUGUGCAGUAAUUCAUACAGAUUUGUUGCAUUCAAAGAUCUCUGUCAAGUUUGGUUGUUGCAGGAGUCUGGAAUAAGACAAGGCGACAAAGAUUUAUUUAAUAAGUCUUUGUCUUGGUACUGUGAAAGGCUUUCCUAAAUUUGAAGACACUUUACCAUAUAGUUGGUUAAAUAUUUCACCCAAAGCUUGAAAAUUCAACUGGCUGAUGGCCCUGGGGAAAAUCAUCAGAGAGUCAUGCUGCUCAAAAGGCUUCAUUUCGUGCAGACAGCACACUAGAGUACAAACUUUAAAGGCAAUCAAUGUAACAGUGGUUUAGACAUAUUGAGUGAGGACCAACUUAUAGACUGACUGGCAUUUCUGUCAGUUGAGCCAUUAGCAGGGCUCAAAAUUAUGUAUGGAUUGUACACAACUCUUAACUCCCUGCUUUGUCACUCCCACAGUGAAAAUACUUGAGACUUGGAUGAGAAAUUGACAAACCACAGGCCAAAUAUGCCUCACGUCGCUGCUUUCAACAAGUCAAUUAUUAACUGUAUGCAUACCUGCAGUCGACCUUUUGUACUAAAAUACUCACUUAUUAGUCGAAGCCAGCUCUGUUGCCAUGGGGCUGAAAAUGUCUGAUGGGUUUGUGUUUCAUGUAAUCUUUGCAUAACAUAGAAAGGGUUACAAAAGCAUAGCCAAAAACAUAGUGAGUUCAAAGUGGUACAUGUGUUUUUAGUACAGUAGCCUCUUAAACAUUCAGGCUGAUUUUUAUCACAUGGGGAAAAAAGGUGAGAUUUUGGAUUUUCCUGAGGGUCCACUUUGGAUGUUUUGCCAGGAAUCAGAAGCUUUUCUUAGUCAAAUAAACAUUUUCAAAGACCUCAUAAGAGGUUGAUAACUCCUCCUUCCUCUGAGACUUUGAAAUAAUGCAGGAAUAAAAAUAACGCAAGUUUAAAUAUCACAGAGGGAUUAUGCGAGCUGAAAGUACCAAAAUAAAGGGGAGAUUUCAUUUAUCCAGAGCCAGUCUUUUACUUUUAUCCUUGAUACAGACCACGCUCAAAAGUGUUGGGUCCACGCUUUCCUACCAAAUGAUUGGCAAGUGAACAAACUGAUACGUGUUAAAUGAAGUGUGAGCCGGCAGUUGAACAAUGCAGUAGCUCGUGUUACGGCGUGAACAUAAAGGACAGGCCUGGGCUUGUUCCUGUCAUUUCAAAAUCUGUUUAAUGACAAUUUAACUGUUUGCUAGCAUAUCCUUGACCCUUGAGUGUAUUUGCCCCUGUCACUGUGAUUUAAGCAUAUGAGGUUUUAAAAGCACGUGUUCGAAACCCAAACUAGUUAGACAUUGAUUGCUUUUUGCAACUGUUAGCCUGUAUAUGCGAGCUCUAUUUUCCACACAACACUGAGAAAGUUUAAAUUCAGUCGAAUCAACUUUAGACUUAACAUGUUUUUCUCAUUUAAAUGACAUAUUGAUACCUUAAAUACACCUACAGCUAUUUUACUAUUAUUUCUACAUAUUGUAGCGGUUUACAGUGUCAGAUAUCUGAACAUUGCUUUAAAGCUGAAGGUGCCAGACGUAUAAUUUGCUGGUUAAAUCUUUCAUCCACUGGAAGACGGAUCUGUUUAGUUUUGUUUUCCAGACAUUUCUCAUGAAGCACACUCGCAGGAAUGUAGAAGUCAGUGUAUACAGGGACUAAAAAGCUAAAAAUAUUUGGGUAGAGGAAGCAGGUGAAAGAAAAAGAGCUAAGAGGGUAGAAAUAUCGCUAGUAGAGUCCAGAGUGGGCUGACCUCGGAGAAGGACUGGGCCCAGCACAGAUGCUGCUGGCACAGACCGCAGCUGUCAUUGUUCAGCCAGGGCAUGAGUACCUGCCAGGACCUGUCAGGAACUGGCUGUAACACUGAUCUACACUGAGGAGCCGUGCUGCUUUCUUUUCACAGACCAAACGUCCCUCGCGACAGAGUAAAAAGCCCUUGGUGCUUUAUGAGAGCUUCAUGAGACAGACAGAGAGAGAGUUACACAGUAACACAGCCCUGGCUGGUUCUCCAGUCUUGGCAACAGCUUUAUACCGCUUCUCGCUUGUCUGUUCACUUUGGUUCUUAGGGACUAUUUAUCUCUGUCUGGCCUGUUUUUCUUGUGGUAAUCCAACUCAAAAGUCUGCUGUUAAUUCCUUUUAAACUAUAUUUAGGUUUAGAAGCAUUUACUGUAGUCGAGCAGAAUCAGAAUGAGUGCCCCACUGAAGCUUAAUCCUCUUCUUUUGUGACUUUAUUGGUUUUCAAAUGAGUUGUUUUGCCAUACUCAGUGCUGCUCAUAUUUGGCCUUGUUCUGUCAUGAAAAAACUACCAGAAAACAAUUGUGAAAACAUUUGAACAACAGCUUUGCUUCAAAAAACACGGAGCUGACAGUAAUGUGAAAAUACAUAUUUUCACUGGCUAAUUUUAAUUUUGGAAAAUAAUUGAUUCCAGGUGAAAGUUGGUGAACAACAGAGAAAAGUAUUUCCAUCUAGAAUGGCAGAGGAAUGUUAUAAGUGAACUAUUAAUGGAGAGGGGGGGGAAAACACAUUUUAAAUUUGGCUUUCUUAGUGAUUACGGAGCGGUAUCGGUAUGUGAGGAAUCUAGUCAUGGAGGAAAAAAGUAACAUAAAUGGACAUGUCGGGAGUGUUUUUCUCCAUCAGGCUGAGUAAGGACAUUCCAAACCCCCUGCAAACAGGAAGUGAAAGAGGGAUUUACAGACACUUCAGAAGAAAAGCGUCACAUAUUUGAGGAAUGAAGUCACUGUGGUUGCAUGACACCGCAAAAAGAGCUGCUGCUGGCUUCUAUUACUGUUUUAGCAUCAUUAUUUAGUAAAAGUCUCUAGUUGUGAUGCUUUUAAACAUGGAAAAUAGUUUAUCUUAUUUAUGAGCUUUGCAGAAAAUUUUUUAAAUCCCUGCUUUAACAGAGUUUCAUUUGUUUUGUGAUUUUAGUUCCCAACUGCUGUCAAGUUUAGGCAAAAUUAUGGGUUGAAAACACAAAUGACAAUGCAGUGAUGUGUAUCCAAAUACUGACCCCUGCUGGUGACAGACACAAAAAGAUGCAUAGUUGUGUUAAGAAAUGUAUUUGAAACGGCAACAAAAUCGUAUUGCUUUUAGAUUAAGAUUAAGAAUAAGAAGAACUUUAUUAAUCUACUAAGUUAUCUACUAUUUACACAAGAGUUAUAAAGUCUGAUGGCUGGUUUUAAACUGAGAUAAAAAGAGAAGGGUUCAGUGUUUGAGGCAAAACUGUUCCUUACAAGUGCACACAUUACAAUACUCAAAGAAAUAAGAGGACAGGUAGACAGUGUCACAUCUAUUUUAAUGUGAUUUCGAUUAUUUAAAAAUACUGCUUAUCUGUGGCUACCUGUUUGCGUGAACUACAAUAUCAACUCUGUUUUUUUUUUACAUGGUUUCAGUUUGAGGGCUGCAAGAAGGCUUUCUCUCGACUUGAAAACUUAAAGAUUCACCUGCGCAGCCACACAGGGGAGAAGCCCUACCUGUGUCAGCAUCCAGGAUGUCACAAGGCCUUCAGCAACUCAAGUGACAGAGCCAAACACCAGAGAACACACCUGGAAACAGUGAGUGGCAGCUUUGCACAGCCAACAUGUAUUUAUGCGCGGUGUGUGAAAGUAUGAUUGGAACUGUCUCUGCUUUUUGUGCGUUUGCUUGCACAGAAGCCGUACACUUGUCAGGUGCCUGGCUGUGCAAAAAGAUACACGGAUCCCAGCUCUUUGAGGAAACACGUGAAAUCUCACUCGACUAAAGAACGUCAGUCACGGAAGAAGGUACAUGGAGGGCAUCUGCAGCCCACUUUACAAUUUGACUAUUUAUUCAAAACAAAAGUGCAAUUGUCAGUGGAGUAUGUUUAACUUUAGAAUAUAUUGGAUUUUCAAUAUACACAUGUGUGAUUGAGGCUUUGCAGUUAUAGACACUUUUCCAACUCGACCAAAUUUUCAAAAGUACAACAAAAUAACUACAAUUCUCAAGUAUCAUUUAAUUUAUUAAACUUGUCAAUAUUGUAUGAGUUUACUGAGUACAUAUGCCAUUCUCCUGGGUUCUGCAAUGCAGGAAAAACUAACACAUUGGCUCUCAGGUAUUUACAUACAAGUAUUCAGAUAUAAAUAUCCAACUUGUCAGACAGCUAGAUAAAAUAACAUACUUACACUGUUUGUCAUUUUUGUGCUGUUUUAACCUCUAUAAUUGUAUAUUUAAGACUACUGCCUGUCAAAUCUUUACACUGUGACACUGCGGUGUUUUUGCAGGUGUGUGUGUGUGACAGAAAUAAUCUGCAGAUUUUACUGAGGAUGAUGUCGCCAUAGAUACAAAGAAUGUGGGUAGUCACUAAAAAAGUUGCAUUUUACAAAGUCUACCGCAUGAAAAACUUCUUUCAUCUCACUCAGAUGAAUGUAAUUUGAUUUCCAGAAGCAGCCCGUGAUAUUUUUACUUCUUAUCAAGACCUCUGCAGCUUGUAUACUUUAUAACUACCACCUACACAUGCAUCCAGGAGCUGGUUCUUGUCAAACUCUGCAUAUAAUAUUAUUUAUAACUGCAUUUAUUGUAGUUAUUAUAUUAAAUAUACUUAAUUAGUAAUCCAUCCAUCUCUGUGAGAUUCCUGUGAGUGAUACAAAUGACAUACACCUGCACAAAGGAUUGAGUGAACAAAUUGAUGUGCUUAACAAAAUUAAAAAGACAAGAGCUGGCACAUACACAUGUGUUGCAGGUAAUUACACAAUCUGUUAGUCUGGAACAGCUGGCAUUUUUAAAUAGAAAAACAAAUUUGAUAUUAAAGGGGUAUUGCUGCAGCUGGUAAUAAUGAACAAAGAAGCAGCUUACAGGGCAUUUCCUGUCCCCAGAAUUUAAUAAAAGUCGGCAAAGACAUCAUAUCUGAGGCAUGGUACAUACGGUAAAAAUGUGAACUUUGUUUUUUUUACCUCAGCUAAUCAAAAAUGGGCUUAUAUAUCUCAUGUGAGCUCUACUAAUGGAGCUAUUUUUGUGUCUAAAUACAAUGCAAAGCAUGUGAUAUCCUGAUAUUCUCAUCACUUUAUGAUAAAUAUAAUUUAAAAAAACAAAGAAACAUGUAAAUUACACAAAAAAAAUCAAAAAGACACAAGACGUUUCCCCAUUAUUCACCACUGUUUGUGUUUCUACUUCAUUUCUUUAGAUAAAACCCACUGCUGGUAUGACCCAGGACACACUGACAGACUGUUUAACCAUCCACCCGCUACAGACAAGUCUUUCUCCUCUGGCACGGAUAGACAACAACUUGAACUCUUCCCCUGGUGCUUCCCACGAGUCUUUCUCUGGUAUGUUGAAGCCCUGGCUCCCUGUUUUAAAAAACUGAUAGAUUUCAAUAUCUUGCACAGUAACACGUGUACUCAAAAAGCCCUGGACAGCCCUGAAGUGUCUGUCAUCUUUGUUCCUCAGCUGCUCCACAGGGACCAGACAGCUUCAGUAAUCCUCACUUGGCCCUGCUGUGCUCCUUUCAAGAUAAUUACAGGUACUGAGAGUCUUCAUUUUGGUAUUAUAUCCAGCCACUCACCAGCUAACAUUACAGUUAGCUAUACAAUGGCAGAUUACUCAUUAUACUGUUAAGUAGUAUCACACAACAGGAAAGCCAUAUAUUCUAGUGUUACAGCUUGGGUGUUACUGGCAGGAGGUCUUAAAUUAUGGCCAGAUUUUCCUCCGGAUUUUUAUAUUCCAUUACAUUUAUCAAUCGCUUAGUCAGAAACUGAAGAUUGUAUAACAUUUGUUGGACACAUUUAUAAGACUAACAGUGUGAUUGAGAUUUCCACCUUGAAGAUAUUGUCAGUAAAAUGAACGCAAUGUGAAUUUGCCAAUAACAGUCAAUAGUUGGAGUGGCUAGCUUAAUUGUUGAUGUCUUUCACUCUGUGUUCCCAUUUGGACAUUUCAAACCUCAACAAAGACCCUUUUAAAUUCUUGUAAAUCUUUUUUCUGAGACUUAAACAUCGGUUGCCAUGGAUUCUGGUCUAUAAGCUCAUAAUUAGACUAAUCAUUUUAAAUGAAAGCGCUACUUUUUACCAGAAAGAGUCCAGAGGGUUGUUUUUGUUUUAUUUAUUGUUUGGCUCAUGUGGGUGGGUGUUGUUGGUAGCAUGAGGCUUUACAGGUUGGAGAUAGACGGGAACACAUUUCUUCGGUCAACCCAUAGAAAACUGUCCCUUCAUCUAUACACUUCAAAGCCAGUGAUGGAGUAUUUCUGUCUUUCUGAGCAGCCAGAUGCUCACGGCUCCUCACUGGCUUUGAUUGUUCUCAUAUCAGCGGUAGGCCAAAGCUUUCACUGCGGGACUCUGGGUAGACAAUUGGCCUGUGAAAGCAGACCUUGCCUUGCCUCAUUGGUCUAGACCACUGAUAUAAAUGGAUACUAUAGCCACCGACAAGAGCAGCUGAGGAAUUCAAUAAGUGAAUCAUAAAAUCUAAAAAAUACCAUUUAAAGUUCAGUGGGAGAAGAGAGACGCUGUAAUUACUUUUUUUUAGAUGUUAAAUCGAUUGUGAAAUCCGUGUUGCCAUUUUCUCGACACUUUGGUGGGAUUCCUUUGGGUUCCAGUUCAUUUGAAGCAAACUCUGGCUCCUUUUAUAGUCCUUACAAACGUGUUUCUUGGCCAAACUUAACAGCAGGGGUGUCAGCGGCCACGAUUGCUGAGACAAUGUUUGAAUAUAAAACUUAACCCUUUUUAUUUUACAGUGUGAAAAUGAAUAACGACAUUUUAAAUGUCGUAAUGAUGAAAAAGUUAAACUCCCUGUAUGGUGUGUUGCUAUACUCACAAGACUGAGAAAACAAUAUUCAUAUAAUCAGAAGAAGUUCAUACUUUAUCUGUUCACCCUAAAGAGAUGAAGCUGUCUUCAUUUAUUGUCUGUAUUAUAAUAAAACAGUAAAUAAGUCUAUCAUUAAGUGCCCCUGGAGUGCCACUGCUGUUACUUAUAUCAACUGUUUGGCAAGAUAAAAUAACAGCUUCGUGAUGUUUUUGAUGACUGAAAGUCUUGAGAGUUUAGUGUUGUGCAAAAAAAAAAAAAACAUUUUAUUGCAAACAGAUAUGUCAAAUCUCUUUUGAAGUAAAAUUUACAGUGCCACUUAAGUUUUAUCUUGCGCAAACAAGUUAUUAUUUUCGACAAACAAGAUAAGUUAAUUUUAUGUGUGCACAAGUUCACAACUUUGGUUGAGCAGGGGUAAUGAUUCUACCUGCCACCAAUUGCCAUUAUUUAUAGUUUAUUGCCAUUAUUUGCUAUAUAUAUAUAUAUAUAUAUUAAUCUCAUGAGCACUGUUUAUGAUGUAUUUGUAUGUGUCACACUUUUUGUGAUCAAUACUGCUGACCUCUGCUGGGCAGAGUUAAGGAGUGCGCCCCAUGUUGAGUUGAUUUGUUAUCGCCCCUUCCGAAAUACAUUAAAUUAAAAGCUCAAUUUCCUCAGUCAAAGUGCUUUUUAUUGAUUGUUUAUUCAUGAAGUAUGUUUGAAAGAACCUCAGAGUUUCAUAUUUUACACUUUUGUGAUGAUAUGGAUUUGAUGUAGAAAAUUUUGGAGCUCAUUUUUGAUUGUUGGUUCUCAAUGUAUCUACUCUCCAUGUACUAAAAUAUUCUUAAUCCCACAAGCAAAAGGUUUAAUUCAGUCUGAAAUAUUUCAGGUGUGUUGAUCCUUCCCCUCACCAGCUUUUCUCCAGGGACCAGUGUGGGCCUUGCUCCUCCACCUGCCUGCCCCACCCUCCCAUUGGGACUUCCCUGAACAACUGCAGUCUAAAGCACCCCAGGCAGCCUCCUGAUCUGGCAGAUCACAAUCAAGGUGCUCACAGAGUUCUCAUCAGAGCAUUCUUCAUUGUUUUUAAGUGUAUGACAGUUUUAUGGUCUGCAAACCAGGAGUCAACGAAAGCAAACGUUUUUGAGGUUUGACAACCUGUUUAAACAGAUUUUCACACAUGCAUGUUAAUCAAGCAGCACAGUAAAUAUGUCAGUAGUGUGAGGUAGGUGGCUUGUGAUUUUCUGGUUAAGUUGAAUCACAAAGCUCUACUCUAUGUACUUAUAAAUAGCUGUCACCUCUUUUACCCUCAGAGUUGACAGCCACAGUGGUGUUGACAAAGUGUUUGAAGACGCACUAUUUCGCUUAAACUGCAGAGGUAAAGACAAGGUUUAAAUAGGCUGUAAUGCACAAUUAAUGUGUCUUUUCACUGGGCUGUUGAAUCUAAGGAGAAAAGGUAUGGACUCUAAUUGAAUUUAUUGACAACAAAGAUAAAAGAGUGAAUUUCUCUCAUUUAUCCCGCAGAGCUUUCAGAGCAGACGGAGAUGCUAUAUUCUGCUCCGCAAUAUGGUGGGAUCACAGCACACACAAGCUCAAGUCACCUGAUGCAAGAUGAUGCCUUUGGUGACAGACUUGCUCCAGCAGUCAAUAAUCCCAAUGGGGUAGCUGCUUUACCAGCAGCUCUCUCUAGUAAUACAGGUAAUGAAAAUGUGCCUUGACCACAAUUGCUCGAGGAUGAGCAUUUUAUUGCCAUUGGAUUUCACAACCUCUCACCGUGCAUGCAAGCAACAGUAUAUUUCUCUGCAUGUUUAUGUGUCUCUAUGCAUGUGUGUGUUUGUUUGUGUGUGUGAGUGCAGCUACAGGAUUUGAUGUCCAAAGCCGAGCAGAGGGUGAGGCUCCUGAUGAAGAGGUGCAUGGAGGGGAUUUUUUCAGAGUGGCAGACCAGAGCAUAAGCCAGGUCUCCUGCAUCUAUACUGAGGGAUGAUUGUGUUCCUUUGUUCUGCUUAAGGUUAGAAUUAAAUGAUGAACUGGAAGAAUACUGAAGCAAGCAGGUUGUUUCAUGCCACCAUGUCAAAAAUCUUAAAUUAAAAAAAAAACUCUUAAAAAAAGUAUUUCCGCUAAACUUUGAUCAAGAGACUCGACAGUCCUUGAUUUUGUGUCUGUAGUCUUGGAAGUUUAAAGAUCUUUGAAGACAAGAAAAUGACUGGUGAGAGUAAUAAGCAAAAUCUGGUGUUUUCAAUUUAACAGGACAAGAGUACAAGAGCUCAGAAAAAGUUUACAGAGCUCAAAAGACAAGAAAGCCUGGGGCCUUCGACUGAGAAAUCCUCUAAACUGCAAAAAAAAGGCAUACAAAGUUAACACUUAACAGUAACAGUGUUUUAACACUCGUGACAGACAAAGGAAAUGUAAACUGACUUUGAAAGUGAUGAAGCAGAAACAAACUGUGGUGAUUUAUGCCGGCCUGUUAGUGUGUUUCUCCUCAUAGUUAGCAUAAAUGUUCAAACAGGAGUAAUAACAGCUGCUGACUGUGAUCAGAUUUUAGAGGGCUCUGGAGUCAAACGUGCCAUACAUGCAUGUCCAACUGUAAAGUCUGGGGAUCUUGCUUUAGUUGAAGAAAUAUUUCAGUACUAAGUAAGAUGAUGUGCUGUGAGUUUGGUGAUUUCAACAGUGUGAGAAGAUCCCCAAAGCUUGGAUUAUCUUUUUCUGCUAUUCUUACCUCUGAGCUAUGUGAAUAUCUGAGCAUAGUAUGGUAAAAUAUCCAGACAGUUAGGAUGCCCGCAAACCCGCAAGUCUCCCUAACACUGCAAGUGUCAGGGACUUGAUUGGUCAGACAUGUUCAACACUAUAAAUCCCACCCACAACAUCCUGGAUAUCACAGAAAAUACCAUCUUGGGAACAGGGACAAAUUUAAGUAGUAGUUCUUAGGUAAAUUUCAUGUGAUGGACACAUAGCUGUUUGGUUAUGAUAUCACUUGGGGAAUCAACCUAUUUGUAGUAAGUAUCUGUGUUGUUUCUGCACCUCUCUUCAACUCAAUUCCUGUGUGUUUUUUCUGGCUCAAUACUCUUUUGCCUUUAUAAUCAAUGUAAAGGGAUGACUGAGCCUAAAGGAUUGUGUUGUUUACUUUCUCAGUUUUCCCACCACUUGUCAAUAUCAUGUAGUUUAGUACUUAAAGUAGUUUCUUGUGACGUUUUGCACAAUACCCAACACUGCAAUCAAAGUGGAGUAUGCAAGGGAUCAUUUAUUAAGGUUUUUCUUAGAACCAGGGCUUUGUAACUAUAGUAACAAGACAGCCUUACCAUUUCAAUGUAAUGUUCAUGGCCAUAACCUGUGGUUUGAAUGUAAUGUGAUAUUGAGACUCCUGUUCCCUGAUCGUAAGGUGGAUUUGUGGUGAUGAUUAUGCCAGUGAUUUCACAUGAUUUGGUUUGUUUAGUACAAAUUACUUACACUUCAUGUUGCACCUAACCAUUCCAUAACAUCAGGGUAUACAAUGUACAGUUUUUCCUCUCAGUUUCCCUACAGAUUUUCAUUGUAGUGUAUGUUGAUAAAGCACGACAAUUUACUUGUAGAGACUUACAGUGGUUAUUGUCAUUACCAUUAUUUUUGAUAUUGCUGUCUAUUUUGCAGUUUCGGCUGCAACGAUGAAACAAAGAUAUGUCAAAAAAUAGACUAGUUAUUCACCUUUAAAAAGUGGUGAUAGCAGAGUAAAAACAUAUUGGUUGAAAAAUGCAAAAACAGUGCCUGAAUUUUUAAUUUUUUUGUAUAUUUUGAUGUAUCAAAAGAAAAAAGUUGUAAAAAGUGCCUGUCUAUCAUUGAAUGAGGUUGUUCUUUGUUCUUUUUCAUUAAAGAAACUCCAUUAAAGAAAUUAAUGGUGGCUGAAUUUUAGCUCACACAAGGAUCAUUUCAAAGGUUUCAGCACAUUUAAAGAAGACAUCCACAGUCCAUGACAUUCAACAGAUGUCAAUUACACAAACUAAACUCCAAAUUUCAAACUGGAGUCAAGAAAAGUUUAUUUAAGCCUUCCAGACUGACUAUUGUGCCUCAUCUAAAGAGACUGGCCAGUGCCAAACAGCUAUCUUUGACACUCUGACAAAUGCUUUCAAAAAUAGUGGAUUGCUAUUAUAUGUGUGUUGACGUCCAGCAACGUUGUACUGUGUAAAAAUAAACCCGUUUAAUUAAUUCAGUCAGUUUCUGAAGUCAUUAUCCCUUUUAAUUUUAAGUAAAGUGAGACAAACUCGAAAUGCACAACAGAUCAAGCCGUGUCUAAGCAAUAUAAAUAACACACUGAAAUUCUGAGGGCAUGAGCUAAUGUUCAGCAAACCACAUAAAUAAUUAGCAGCUGUUGUCUACCUGACUUGUAUGUAAAAGCGAACAGCAUCAGUCUUCACAGCAGUCUAUUUUUCUUGUUUGAUACUGAAAGGACAAACUGUAUUACUUGAAAAUAAUUCUUUUAGCAAAAGAGUGCCAUGCUUCAGAUGGGGGUUUCAGUAGUUGCUUAGCAACAACAGCUUUUCCAAAAAGCAUCUGUUUAGUUCAGCUAACCAAAAAAGUGCUGUGCAGUGGACACAGGUGGUUGGUUAAGCUUUGUGUACAGUAGGAAGUCUUUUAACAACGCUGGCUUUGUUUGUUCACUCCUGCUAAUUGGAAAUUUUGUUUUUGUUGUUGUUUUAAGCUCUUCUUUGUGCUGUUUGUAACUUUUGAAAAUUGUAACUCUUGGUUUCUUUGCUAUAAUAACCUAAAAAUAGCUUCUGUUUUAUUUUAACAAAUAGAUAACUCUAACAACUUGCAAAAAAUGGUAAGCAACACUAUUUUAACUAUUUUUGUACAUUGGAAAGAAAGGCAAAGUAGGUUUGUUCCAAAUGGUGGAAAAUGUUGGUCAAAAAUCAAGCAGCAACUUUCUCUGUGAAUCUAAACACGCGGCCAAGUGACUUACCGGGUAACACUUUCCAAUUUUAAAGAGGGUACUUUUGGAAAGUAGCAGAAGAUGCAACAUGUUGGUUAGUAACCCCACAAACCAGCAGAAAGUCAUUCACCCUUGGCCUUUCCUGCCAUCUGGCAUAUUUAACAUGAUGCACUGCCUGUGCACACUUAUUCCAAAUUCACACUAACACUAUGAUGCAUAAGAGGUCAGUGAAAGGCAAAUAUUCAGUCUGGAUUUGUUUGUAAGUAUCAUCUGUGCCCAACUGUCCCUUCAUAUGAUACUUCAAAGCUUGGACUACAUGAGAAAAAACAGAAAUGUUAGGCCAGUUUGUACUUGAGCAGAAUGGUUAGUAAUUCUCUCACACCUUUUAAAUAAAAUCAAAGAGCUGAAACAUCCUUCGUGACACUCGUUAUAAUAUGACCAUGUCUUUAUCACUGUGAAUGGAUCAAGGACUUUUUCUGUGUUUGUAUUUAACUGACACUGAUUACACACUAGACUUUCAUCAAAAUAGAGAGAGACAAAAGAAAGGGCAACACUCAGAUGGUGCCAUAAAUAUACCUGUCAUCCUCUGUGUAAGUUUAACGCCUUUCAUUAAAGCAGAGUAUGUCUUCACCUGAGGAAGAUUUACAAACUUUGCUGUUAAUCCUCAUUUGUGUAUCAUGUUCAUCAAACACCAAACGUGAUUUUCAUUAUGUUGCAUUUGUCUGAGUAUCAUGAGUCCCUGGGUAGCUUCAGCAUUGCCUUUAACAUCUUUGAAGACAUAUUUGUUUCCCUAAACCAAAACCUGCUUUUUCCUACAGGCACAUGUUUGUGUGGUUUUCACCCGGCAAUAUAGAGAGUAAAGUAGGUUUGGGUGGAUUUGAUAGCUGCAUGUAGGCAAAUAGGGUCAGUAAGAGUUCAUAUGGUGAUAAUAAAUAUUUUAGUCAGCUGGUCAUUUUUACUCACUUAAAAUAUGCCAUAUUUUGGUUCUCUCUCCAGCAGCUGUUAUUGUGCCAAGGACCCUCAGUCUUCACCAGGGAAGACUCACAUGCCCAAGGAAUGGGUGGAAAAGAAACUAAGUUUACAGUAUAUAUAUAUAUAUAUAUAUAUAUAUAUAUAUAUAUAUAUAUGUAAAUGUGUGUUUUUAGGAAUUUUUUUGUUCAUGAAUGCCUUCUUAUUAUUAUUUAUUUAUCUCAAACUUUAAAAACAACAACAACUAGAAACAAAAACACCAAACAAAAUAAUACAUAUGUACACCAAACAACUUUAAGUGUCAAAGAUAAAUUAACACAACAUAUGUUUUUUAAAAAAUAAACAGUUUGAGAAUGAACAAAAUGAAGCAAAAAGCUUAUCUAGUCCUGCCCCUUCCUUGCAAAUUAGAGAUUUAAAAAAAGAGAAGAUCUAUUUGUAUAAAUUACAAAAAUCUGUAUAAAUACAUACAUUUUAUAAACAAGGAUACCUGCUCAACACUCAGUUGGUUACUUAUUAUAAUUACUUGCAUAAUAUAAUAAUAAUCAGUGUUAUAAUAUUCAGAAUUAAUAUUACUUUUAGGCAAUCAAGUAUAUCUAGUAUAAAACCAUAUUUUUGUUAAUUUACUUAUAUAUGAAUCAUUUAAUACUUCUCUAUAGUUUGAUUUAAAUUUCAGUUAUUUUGUUGCAUUUUUUUCCUCCAUUUGGACAUUGCACAGUUAAAACUAAAAGAAAACUACUUUAAUUUGUCAUGUAUUGUCCUAUUUUGAAAUAUUUUGAUGACAAGUACUUUUUCUUGGGUAUAUUAUUCCAGGUAAAAAUCACUAGAGUUAAUACUGUGAUAUCAAAGUUAUUAAUACAUUGUAAAGCUUAUGGGUCAGGGUUAUGGGUAAUAAAACUUAACUGCCUACAGCACCUUCAAAUCGUUUAUAGACUGGACCCAUAGGCGUUAUCUUCGUACAACAUUAGGACCAUGAUGUGUCCACAAGAAAUUUAUUAUAAUGAUCAGCUGUUAGUCCCCAAAUACAUAAAACUACACUGAAAUUGACAGUCUUUCAAUCAUCUCACCACACACUCACAUGUGCAGUCUUUGCAUUUUGGGUGUGUUCAUCUUUAUUUCCGUAUAGAGUGAAGAAAAGUGCGCUUUAAUCUCCUCCCACCUGCCUGCUAAGGUUGCGCGCUCCCGUUGAGUUUUAUAGCAACUGUUGCCCAGUGAGGCAGCGCCAUAGUCACCGUAGUCCUGGCGACUGUAACCCACCAACAACAACCUCUCGCUCCAUCAUUACCACCUCCUCCACCAUCCUCAUCUCAUCAACCAGUCCACGGCUCAGGUUUGGAAACAUUUUUUGGGGUAUAUAUUUUUUGUAGCCGUAAUUCAACUCCUCUCUCUCUUAUCUACAGAGAUGUUAAAGAUGCUGCGGUGAAGGUUUAUGUGCAGCUGAAUGAAGGGCUCGGUGAAUAGCUGGGGUAGUUUGCUAGCGAGGGUGUUUCUUUGUGACGUGGUAGCCUGGAUUGCUAACGUUGCCUGUAGAUACCCACAGCUGUGAGAGGUCCUGCUCGUUUGCGAAAGCUAGCUAAACCCGCACACACACUCGCUCCUGCUCUGAACUGGUCCAAACGUGGUCACUUUGGCAGGAGACGUGUUUAUCCGAGCAACUUAAAAGUCUGGACUUACCAUGCUUGUGUUGUAGCAUCGGUCUCGGCUAGUCCCUGAUGCUAGCUGGUCAGCUGGAGUAGGAGCAGGUGUCUGUUGUUGCUAGGUUGCUAACGCCAGCGCUGUCUUCUCACAAUGCCUGUUGGUAUCCCCCUUUUUAGCUAAUGUUGCGGCGAUAUAGCACGCUAAGGAUUCAGUAUUUUUUAACCGUGUUGAUAAAACAAAAUAAGUUAAGCCACUUGACUAUGAAGAGUGGAUAGUGCUCGGUUUUCACACACUAACUGCUAUUGACAAUGGCUGAGCUAUUACUUUCCCUUUUGUCUUAGGGAGUAAGAUAGCUUCGUUAGCCCUCCAUCUGCCCCCUUUGUGGCUUCAGCUGGCUUUGAUAAGCUAUCUGAUGAGACUAGGCGAAGUUUUUUUAGAAGAUAAAACACCUGCCCUUUUUCCGGUUUGUUUUUUUCUGUGUGUGUGUUACCACCAUUUUUAAGAUCAGGCAUCGUUUGCUUUUCUGCCUUGCAAAUUCUGCAUCUUGGCUGACAAACCUUAAGAUUUAUCUACCCUCCCUUGGAUACAGUGAAACCCUGUACAUCAGUGUUUUUCAACUGGUGGGUCCCGACCCAAAAGUGGGUCAGGGACGUGUUCUGAAUGGGUCAAAAAAGUAAAUAUUUAAUGCGACAUUUAUUAGAGAUUCGAUAUUUUUUGCACACGUAACUUCAGUAGUUGUCGUCCUCAUGUUGUCCCCUUCGUGUGCUUUGAAAUGCACUUUACUCAAUAAAACUAUUGGAUUUGUGUUAAAGAUUAGAGUCUUUAAAGGGUUUUUUUGGUAAAAAUUAAAUUAGCUUGGGUUACUACUUAAGGUCCAUGGGAAAAUGUGGGUCCCAGAGUGAGACCAGUUGAAAACCACUGCUGUACACGUUGAGCAGCAUUUGAGAUAUAUUCGUGUUCGUCGCAUGUGUUCCUGUAGUCCCAUGUUUGCAAAAGAGGAAGAAAAGGAGAGCAAAGUGGUCCAGCAUGUCUCUGAACUGGGAUAGGAUGCUUCAUAAGAAGUUAACCAAACAAUUCAUCUCUGAUACUGUGUUAUGCUCAAAAUCAGACAUGACAUAUUCCCUUUUCUAGCUACCAAAUGGUGACAUUGCACUUUAUCACGCUUUAAUCCUACAGUCGUUUGUAUUAGGAGAAACCUGCUUUCUUAAUAUUGCAUCAUAAUUAUUCUUAGUUCCACUGGGUUCUGUGCAGCUGUGACCCUUGAUUUAUUGUUCAGGGAGCAAACAGGUGUGUAUAUGUGUGUGUGCGCGUGUGUGUGUGUAGGAAGAGGUGAGUGGAGGACAGGUGCACCUCCUAGUUGUUGUGAGACUCCUCAUUGCCUUGGCCUAUCAUGGAGACAGAAAUAGAAGUUUUCUAUUUUCAUCAUAUUUUUUUUUCCAUUUCAAUAGCAUGUACUUUUAACAAAAAAGUAACUUUGGAUAUCACUGUAACAGAGAGGACGGCUCAAGAUUAUACUCGAGGGGAGGUGUACAGUUGUGCAAAUUUAUUGAUUUAGUCGCAUACGUUCCCAAAAAGCCAUACACAGACUUCUCUGCAAACACAAAACAGGAUGUUGAGAACUGCUAGUUAUCAGGUCAUGUUACCACUUACCUGUAGUCCAGCAGAGCAGAAAUAGUACCAUGCCACCUGCUGCCUGGAUCCUGUUACAUUUCCAAUCACUUAAAGAGGAGCUGAUUAAUUCAAUUAUUCAGUCAUCCAUUAUCAUGGCUUAGCAGAAUGCAGCAUGUUUGGUUGAAAUAAUGCAUAUCGUUGAUGAAAGAGGAGACUCCAAAUGUCCUUGUUUUUUCCUUCUGAAUCCCACUUCUGCAAACAGACACAGGGUGCAUUCAGAGUGGCUUCCAAACAAAUGAUGUGAUGUUUCAGGAAUAUUCAGCCUUUUUUAUAUAUAUACUCAGUGAACAAUAUGCGUAUUGAUGCUGAUGCAAUAAACAUAUGUUUGCAAUGUUGAUGCAGUGUUUUUGACAUCAAACAAAGAACAAGUCUCCUCCUGUUUUCCUUAACAUCUCAAAAUCUAGCUCCUAAGCAAACACUGCUCUUUGCAUACCUUCCCCCACUUCAGCCCCCGAUAACACCUCCUUCCACCUGUUUCACUUCUAUAGUAGCUCAUUAUUGUGCCUCUGUCUUGCCGGGGUUUACAUGCAUUUUAUGUGUGUAUACUUUUUUAACCUGGUGUAUCAGAUUCUACUGUAAUCAUGUCUGAUCAUCAGAAAAGCAAAUCCCGCCUGUGUUUAUUUUGUGGCUGCUGCAUAGAUCUAUGAAUCCCUCAACUAUUUGUUACCCUAAAUGUCAGCAAGAGGAAUCGAGGGGAGCAAAACGCAGGGGCAAAAUGUUGCCCUCCUUGGUGGCUUUUGUUCCUCUGUGUCUUUGUAGGGGCUUGCACUCGCUCAGUGGAGCACAGUAUUUAAGUGGGCCACAAGGGAGUGCCUGAAUGGUGAGGCAGGAGGUGUGUUAGUGUGUGCGUGUGUGUGUGUGUGUGUGUGUGUGAGUUUGUGAAGGGGGUUGGGGUGAGGCAACAAGAGUGUGUUGUGAUGCAGGGUGUGUGUUUUUUUUUCCUCCCUCGAUUAGGUGGGCUCUGUUGGGGCCACGCACUUCAGCUUUCAAACUGCCCAGUGGAAUAUAAGUCCAAAAUCUCCUCUCCUCAGGGGUCUUUUUCUAGCAGUGAGAUCGAGCAAGCUGGAGGCCACGGUUUGACAACGUGCUUUGACUUUUUUAGUAAUUUGCUAACCUGCAUCCGAAGGUUUUCCACACCUCAUAGCAUCUUUAAUCUACGUGCGCUCGGGGUUCUUGAUUUGUUUUGUUGUGAAUUUUUUAUCUUGAUGUUUGUACAGAACAUAUAUAGUUGAAGUGGAUUGCAGUUUAUUUUUUCCACGAGUCUGUCAAGCAAUACCCCGUCGACACGUCUGACAACAAGAGAACCUGCACAUAUGCUCCUCCCUGAAGUGUUGGAAAUCGUCAUGCUGAAGCAGAGGUCUUUGUGUCAAUGAAUCUCAGUGGCCCCUGCAAAGAAAAUGUAUAUCACUGUUUCCUUAACUUGCUGCACACCAGGAACAACUUACUCAACUUUUCUGCAGCAAGUCUGAAAAUGAUCUCCCUUAAAACGAAUCCAGUGGUAGCCGUCAUCCCAAGAAACAGCCCAGUGUGAUAUUGAAGAUAAAGGAAAGGGGCAGGCCUUCCCUGGAGAGAUUUGAAGCUGUUAGGAGACCCAGCUUAAUUAACCAAGAGAGGCUUGUUCAUGGAAACUGUGAUGGGGAGGGGGUUGGCCUUCCCUGGGAAGUAUGGGUGAUGCCGUACUAUUAUUAACUGACUAACACAGGCUCAAUAGAAAUGUCUCAUAUCCUAGACUUUAAAACUGCCUAUUUUGGCUUUGAUUUGUCAGCAGGUACCGUUUAUGUCUACCUCUUGUGUUAUGUUGCCUGUAUCUUUUACCCUGUUCUGAGCCUUAAAUCACAGGUAACAUUAAACCUGUGAAAACAGGGACUGGUAGAGCCGCCAGGAGCAGCAUCUAUUUGGAGUUAGUUAAAUAUUAACUUGUUUUAUGGCUGUGAACAUGGUGACAAGACCAUGUGUCGCUGAUGCAUGAGACUCUCGGUACAUUGAGUACCACGAGACAGAGACUGGUGCUCGGGUAGAGUUUCUCUUUAGCAGCUUUGAUAGCUUUGAUUUUUUGGGUAAAACAGAAAAGAGUCAGAUUGAAACUUAAUGUCCUUUAUAGUGUGUAGAAUAAUAUCUCAUUUAGGCCUAUUUUAUGUUCCUAGUUAACCAAAUCAGGCGGAGAGUUAUUCGAUUUGUUUCCCUCUAUGCAAAUCUUGACUCAUGUAAUAUGAUAGAUUUGUUAUCAAAGGGAGUUUGUUCUGGAAAACUGUCUGGCAAAGGUUAACACGACAGUUUCUGAAAGUUACUGUCACAGAUUCUUUUUACAAAGUUGUACCAUUUUUAGCUGGGCAUCGUUUUCUGAAUAAUCUUGUUAUGUCAGACCAGAAGUUUUAGCUUCUUUUUCUACGGUUGUUUUUUUAAUCCAUCAGUAAGAUUCUUUUCACUGGUCUCUUUAGGCGCCAUGCAGACCCCUGAAGCAGGCGCUGACUCCACCUCCACUGUCCCUCUUCAGACCACUGUGCCUGUCCAGCCUACCGGCUCCACCCAGCAGGUGCCUGUUCAGCAACAGGUACAUCCCGCCUGUCCGUGUGUCCUGUACACGCUACAUACAUGUGUUUGUCUGCAUUUAUCAUUGCAAUAUGUGAUUGUUAUUGAUGAAAUAAUUGAUUUGCAACUCUUGCAAUUUGCCCGGACAGGCCCAGACUGUUCAACAGGUUCAGCAUGUUUACCCAGCACAGGUGCAGUAUGUGGAGGAAAACAGCGGCGUCUACACCAACGGCAACAUGUGAGUCAGUCAGUCUGUCACCCAGCUCUGCUCUUGCACCACUUCACAAAUAUUAGCGCUGCGUCCCUGCAGCCUGCUUGUCUCCUCUUGAGUCUCUUCACACCAUCAUUCAUGUCACAAGCACAUGAUGCCGGUGAGAGCGUGUCCAGUUUUUUUGGGUGCUGUUUUCUCUUCCAAGUGUGUUUCAUUGUGCUCAGUCACAUAAACAUGCCCAAAAGUGGGCUCGUCUCAAGUGCUGAUGCUGUGUGCCAGGCUCCCCCUGGGUCUGAGGAAUGGGGUUACAUACCUCCUAAGAAGCCUAAACUGUUCUUUUUUUGUUUUGCUUUUCUCUAUCUCUGUCUCUCUGAUAACACUCGUACACACGUGUACACGCAGGGACACAGACUGUAGCUGCAGUCAUAAAAGAGUCAUGUACACUGUUAGAAAAAAAGAGUCUUUUAUUUACACAAAAGCAGGACUUAAAAGCUUUACAAUGGACUCAGUACAGUAUGUGAAAAAUAUACAGAACAUAAAGAGAAGCUCAAACCACACAAGAAAACUCGUUUAUUAAUAUAUCAACAUUUGAUGCUUGAAGUGUACCUACAUAGACAAUAGUAGACACAUGUGGUGCAUGAUUGUUUGUUACCAUUUAAGAUUAAUAGAUUAUUCCAUUAUUAAGGUACAGAAUAAGUUAAUUUAAAAGUUGCUAAGAUUGUUAAUUUAAGCCCUUAAUCAACCGUGAUUAAGCCUGUAAAUCAGUUAUUAAAAAGAUCAUUAACAUGAAACAUACAGAGCUAUGUAUCAACUAAUCAAAGUUAACAAUGUUAUCGUUACGUAAAAGAUAUUGAUGUUAUGUAGCUCCAAAUCAAACAGGUCUCUCAUCAUCAAAAGUUGUCUUAAAGAAAAUAGUAGAACUGUCUUCCAUUUGUCUGCUUUCACAUCAAAUGAUGUAAAAUGCAGUCUUCCCUUCAGUAAAAAAAACUACUCAUGUUAUCCAAAGAGAAUCAGUGAAACAUAAAUGGUCCUCAGCGUCUCUAAAGGCUGAAAUUUGUUUCUCCGUCUAUUUGGUUAACCGCUAACCUCUCUUCCAACAGAAGAACCUACUCUUACUCAGAGCCGCAGCUGUAUAGCCAGAACAGCGGAGGGAGCUACUUCGACACGCAGGGCAGCUCGGCGCAAGUGUCGACUGUGGUGACAUCUCAUGGAAUGACCAACAACGGAGGAGGGGGCAGCGGGGGGAUGAACAUGAACCUGGCAGGGGGUCAGGUAAUCAGCAGCAGUCCUGGCGCGUACAUCAUGGACAAUGCUGGAGCUCAUCCUGCCACUCAGACUGCACGAGCUUCCCCGGCGACUGUAAGUGCACCAACCUUUGACCUUUCACCCGACUCUUCCUCUCACACUAGCUGCUGUACUUCUGUCAUGGUUAACCCUCAAUACGUGCCAAAUCCUGAUUGUGUCACAUUAUAAAAAUGCAGGCUUAGUCCUCACCUCCAUGACGGUGUGUGUGUGUCAUGUUUUAUUUCUCUGUGGUGAUAAUCCUUCGCUAAUAUAUGCCGUACACUAUGUAGGCAGGGCCUGAGCCUGUGUAGUGAUCCAACUACUGCCAGCAUUGUUCUCUUUCUAGCCAUUAAUAUUUAAUGUUCAGCUAAUACAGGCCUUUGUUUCCAUCCCUGGCUUUAACUGUCUGUAAUUCUCACUUGUUUGUGUCAAAGCAAAAGCCAGGGAAUGUGCCUCCUCAGAAGCAGUAGUGGGAGAGCCUGAAACAUCCAGUAAUUCCAAGACAAAAGGAAAACGCUUUUCACUGUCGAUAGAAUCAGUGUGCCGAAAUGUGCAGUUAAUCCUUAUCUAGCCGGAGCGACGUACUCGAGAAGAUAAACCGGUCCAAGAAAUGUGCAGUUUGAACUAUUGAGGGAUGAAUAUGAAACAUUUGAUGCUUUUUUGGUAGGAAUUAACCAGGCGAAAACAUUCAGGUGUAAACAUGACAUUACAUGAACAAAAAAAACAGCUUUGUCUGCCAAAAUCAAUUAUCUCAGCUUAGCGUAUAAACCAGUUUUUCAUUCUUUCCUGAGGUCGAGUUGCAGGUGUAACAAAAACAUCUUUGCACAUCGCUCUGGUGUUUUGCAGUGGAGUCUGGUAGUUGUCAGUGAAUCUAUGCUGGGUUAUUGUGAAGAGUUGUGUGUGUCUUCCAGCUAUCCAUACCUGAUUCAUUCAGUUGAGUCCUUCUUUUUCUGCCAGGCAGGAGUUUUCUUACGAAAGGCGGUCUUGCUCUGCUUGGGUUUAGUGGUGCUUGCUUAAAGACCCUCUCUAGAUUCUCUUUUAUUUCCUGCUCGUAGCCACCAAUGUGUUUUCAGAAACUCUUUCAUUUUUUCCUGCUUUUGUUUUAAUUUCCCCCCCUCUUACAUUUUGUUGUCCUGUGCUUGAUGGUUUAUCAGAUUGAAAUGGCGAUUGAGACGCUCCAAAAAUCUGAAGGUUUAUCCAGUCAGAGAAGCUCGCUGCUCAACAGCCAUGUAAGUUGCUUUUUUCACGAAUGCUUGCCCUCGCUUUAACUCGACUUAUGCAACACUCAGUCUUCUGUUUCAGCUCUGCCUCUCUCAACCUUGUCUUAAUUUGAGUUUUUGAUAAUGCCUGCUGUUUUUGUUUUCCUCUAUUUGAAGUAGUGCUUCAUAGAAAUGCUUCUGCAGAGGUGUGACGCUGCAGCAUCAAGAUUAGACUGUCAGCCUGGGGUCUUGCUCAGAUAGUUUACAUGGACCAGAGUAAAUCCCCUGAGUAAAAUCCAACAUGUUUUCUCUUGUAGCUCCAGUGGCUGUUGGACAACUAUGAGACAGCAGAGGGCGUAAGUCUACCACGAUCCACCCUCUACAAUCAUUAUCUGCGACACUGCCAGGAGCAGAAACUGGACCCUGUAAAUGCAGCCUCUUUUGGCAAACUCAUCCGCUCCAUCUUCAUGGGACUCCGUACAAGACGCCUCGGGACAAGGUUGCUUUUAUUUUCCAGAGUUUCUGUCUCUCAAACUAGGAAAAGCUGUAAUUUCUCAAGUCUCACUUAUAGCUUGAAUCUUAUCUACUUGUGUAUGUUCACGCAUGCUUUUGUCUCGCAGAGGGAACUCCAAAUAUCAUUACUAUGGUAUACGAGUGAAACCAGACUCCCCACUCAACAGACUUCAAGAAGACAUGCAGUACAUGGCCCUCAGACAGCAGCCUGUUCAGCAGAAACAGAGGUGCGUAUGCAUCCAAGAAGCGCAAGACUCGCUGUUAACACAAGUUGAUACUGAAGAGAGCUCUGCCUUUACAGGUUUAAGCCGGUGCAGAAGUUUGACAGCUGCUCUGGGGAGAAUUACUCAAGUGGAGGUCAGCCCCAUCCUGGUGCAGCAGAGCAGACAGUGAUCGCACAGAGCCAACACCACCAGCAGUUCUUAGGUCAGAAGCUGGAGUGUCAGUCAAACCAAAGCAGGAAUAUUAUGUUUUUGUUAAGAUUCUCAUGCUUUGACUUAAGAUAAGAUAUUCCUGUAAUAGUCCCUCAGGGGGAAAUUCCAAAUUACAACAGCAUGGAAAGCGAAAUUGAAGGAUAAAGAAACUCAAGAGUUAAAAAAAAAGAUAUAUACAUUAGUCUUAAUUAGUCUUAAAUUUUCUCUUCACCAAACAGAUGCAUCACGGGCACUCCCGGACUUUGUGGAGCUGGACCUGGGACAGAGCAAUACAGAGAACAUCAGCUCAGAGGACGUGAAAGCUCUCCAGUCCCUUUACAGAGAGCACUGUGAGGUGAGAUCAAAGUGCAUACAGUGAAACGUGCAGGGUGCAGAGGGUGUUGGGCUGCUCCUCAGAGUUCAAGGAAAGGAAAGGGAUCCUCCUCCAUAAUGAAGCAUUUAUUGAUACAGCCUCAUCAAUAUGUCUUUGCGGGCAUUGUGACUUUGCAUUCACCUAUUGAUCAGCAAGAACCAGAAUUUCCACCCCCUGAAAAUCUCUAUUUCUUAUUUCGAUUCUCAUUCUCUCCAAAAAAAAUCAAUCCAUGCAUAUGAUUCAGUCUCGCCGCUUUUAUUGGAACAACUCACUAGUUUAAUCUCAUUUAAGCUGUCUUUAAUGAGAAAAGGCUGGUAAGACUAAUAAUCCUGAGCUGAAGUUUAGUGGGUUUAUCAAAGGACGCAUAUUCAAAGUUUAGCGGGAAUCCGAGCAAGGAAACUUUGGGAAAUGUCAUGGGUGCAUAUUGUGACAGAGAUUUGUAAAUGCCAGCUGCUGGCAUUUUGGAACAGAUUUUUUCUCUUCAUCUUGUGAAGUGUUCAAUCACAGCUCCCCUAAUGUCUGACAAAGCAGAGAUCGGGUCACCCACGGGCAUUGACCCGUUACUUAUGGCCUUCUUCUAAUAAUUAAAGUCUCAGAAAAAAGAUAAACUUCCUCCCAUGCCACAUAUUGACAGCCAACUCAAUUAUCUACAGAGCUAACUGUUAACAUUGUUUAGGCGGAAUAUUUCUUCUUCUGGGGUUUUCUUAACACUGCUUUCGUUCCAGGCUAUCCUGGAUGUUGUCGUCAACCUCCAGUUCAGUCUAAUUGAGAAGCUAUGGCAGACAUUCUGGCGUUAUUCCCCACCUGACUCUGUAGAGGGUGCCACUGUAACAGAAAACAGGUGAGGUCAAAGAGCAGACGAUUAGUAACCAGGAUCAGUUUUGACCUUUACAAACAUGUGUUUAAUUACAUUUCUGAUGGCGAGGAAAAAGCAGCUUUCUCUGUCUUGUUCAUUUUCAGCAGUGUAAGCGAGAUUGAAGCCCGCCUCCCUCGCGCUCAGCUCCUAGUACUGUGCAGAAACGAGGCCGUGCUCAAAUGGAUGAGCACCUGCGACCAUCUGAUGUACCAGGCCCUUGUGGAGAUUCUCAUUCCUGAUGUCCUGAGACCCAUUCCCAGUGAGAACCGGGCCACUUACACCACUGCUGUCUACUUGUUAACAUGUCACUCCUGGUAAUCUCACAAUAACCAACUCGUUUUUAAAAGAUUUUAUGUCUUUCUGCAGGUGCCUUGACUCAAGCCAUUCGCAACUUUGCCAAAAGCCUGGAAGGUUGGCUGAAUAUUGCCAUGAAUGCCAUUCCACAGAGAAUGAUCCAGACCAAGGUAAAAAGGCAGAAUUCGUGCAAUUUUUUUUACGAUUUGUCUCCAAAAUCAAUUAUUUUUCAUCUUAUAAGGUAACAAUUCCAACGCUUUUAUUUUGAAAGGCACGUAAAUCUAAAGUAGUUGAUGGCUGGACUUUUAUUUGCUCUCUUACCACAGAUUGCCGCUGUUAGUGCCUUUGCGCAAACACUGCGCAGAUACACAUCUCUGAACCACCUGGCUCAGGCGGCACGUGCUGUGUUGCAAAACACAUCACAGAUCAACCAGAUGCUGAGCGAUCUUAACCGUGUUGAUUUUGCCAAUGUUCAGGUAAGAACAGCUCAUGUGUGAAGCAGUGAUGAUUUUGUUACUUAAAGGGAUAUUCCGGCGUAAAAUUGAGUUGGGGUCAAACACACCGUAACACCGAGUUAGACACCCCCUCAAGAGAUGAAUGUUGCCGACCGCUUGUUUCUCUAGUUAUACCAACUUUAGUAACGACCUCGAGAUAGCAAUGCACAGCGGUCUGAGGAGCCAUAAACAAACCUCAACCAAACACCCCUCUAUAGCCACAAAUAAUGCUCAGAACAGCACCUAACUUCAUCAACAGUACAUAUAGGGUCCCAGCCACAGCACUAUCCACCUAACAUACUUUUAGCUUUGCCUAAUUUCUUUAGCAGAGACUACACACAACUCACCUGCUCUCUUCCAGCAGCCGCUUGUUUGUAGCAAGACCUCGGGCCAGUCCAUUACAGACUGCUGUGGGGUGACGCAGCUCAAGGAAGAACAUUUAAGAUCAUUACUUUAUCAUUUUCUUGAAGUAAUAAUCACCAUAUUAAUCAUUUUGCGCUGCAGACGCAGUAGUUCUUCUGCCUCAGCAUCUCAGUCUGAUUGCAUUUCCAUGAAGAAAUGAUCAUAAAUGUUCUUCCUUGAGCUGCGUCACCCCGCAGCAGUCUGUAAUGGACUGGCCCGAGGUCUCGCUACAAACAAGCAGCUGCUGGAAGAGAGUAGGUGAGUUGUGUUUAGUCUCUCUGCUAAAGAAAUUAGGCAAAGUUAAAAAGAUGUUUGGUGGCUAGUGCUGUGGCUGGGACCCUAUAUGAACUGUUGAUGAAGUUAGGUGCUGAUCUGAGCAUUAUUUGUGGCUAUAGAGUGGCGUUUUGGUUGAGGUUUGUUUGUGGCUCCUCAGACCGCUGUGUAUUGCUAUCUCGAGGUCGUUACUAAAGUUGGUAUAACUAGAGAAGCAAGCGGUCGGCAACAUUCAUCUCUCGAGGGGGUGUCUAACUUGGUGUUUUGGUGUGUUUGACCCUAAAUUAAUGUUAUGCCAGAAUAUCCCUUUAAAUAACACUUCUCCUACCUCUCUUUUAAAACUAUAUUCUUGUUUUUGUACCUUGACUGUCCAAACAUUACCUUUGUCCUCCAUCUUUGUCGCUGUACAGGAGCAGGCAUCAUGGGUAUGCCAGUGUGAGGAGGGUGUGGUUCAGCACUUGGAGCAGGACUUCAAGGCUACAUUGCAGCAGCAGAGUUCUCUAGAGCAGUGGGCAGCCUGGCUAGACAAUGUGGUCACUCAGGUGCUCAAGCCUUACGAGAACCGGCCCAGCUUCCCCCGGGCGGCUCGACAGUUUCUGCUCAAGUGGUCCUUCUACAGGUCUGAAUUCUAACAACCAUGCCAUGUGAUGUGUCUUUGAAUAUGUCGUGUUGUUUUUGAGUGGGUAAAAAAAUCAUUAUUUUCAUUUGUCUGUGCAGUUCUAUGGUGAUCAGGGACCUGACCCUGCGCAGUGCUGCCAGCUUCGGGUCCUUCCACCUGAUUCGCCUGCUGUAUGACGAGUACAUGUUCUACCUGGUGGAGCAUCGGGUUGCCCAGGCGACUGGAGAGACACCCAUUGGAGUCAUGGGGGAGGUAUGACUUUCACAUCAGAUCUUUGUAGUGUUGAUAUGAUUUUUCUAAUGCUUUAAAUGGUUAUUUAUAUUUUCAUGUGAAGUUAUUGCUAUUGUGAAUACUCUAUAUACCACAUGUACAGUAAGAGAUGUUUAACAUGGGUAUACUGCAGUUAUUUCUUCUGAUUGACAAAAGAAUUCAAGCUGUUUGAAUCACAAAAAUCGUGUCUAAUGAGAUUGCUUCUCUGUUUCAGUUUGACAGCCUCAACACCCUGUCUCUCACCAACAUUGAUAAAGGUAUGUGGAGAAGUCAAAUUGUACCUAGAGAAGAGAUAACAAGGGUUGACUUGUGAGGUUCUAAAGGGAAUUUGCUGUUCCAGUUCAGAGGGCAUUGUUAAUUUCAAUUAGAAUUCAACGACUUUGACACUGAGCUUCAUAGUCAAUCUUAGAUGAUUACAUCCUUCCUAACAUCAAUCAAAAAAACUGACCUGAAAUGAGAAAUCUGGUCAGGGUGAUUUCACAUCUCCUCAGCGAGAUAAAACCUCCCUACUCUUCCUCGCUGAGAUUGUUCUUGAAUCGGUCCUAGAUUAGGAGUCCUUGCUAAAAGAGUGAAGUAAAAAGCUCUCGAAGAGGAUCCUCAGAAUGUGAAUACAGCAGUUUUUUUUCUCCUUAGCGCAGAUGAGAAGCUUCUAUUUCCUCUGGUUUUGAAGUGGCUUGAUAUGAUAAAUGUGACCGCUGUAUCUCCCAUCCUGAACAUGUCUGUGUGGGGUGGCUCUUGAUACACUGUCACCAGCCGUGGUCAACUUCUUGUGGGGCUCUUCCAAAGUCUUUGCUGGCCUUAUCUUGACUAUCCUUUCAAGGCUGAGGUUAUCCUUGUUGCGCAUUCACCUUUCCCUCUGAAGUUCCCCUUAUAGUCAACUUUAAAAAGCCAUGGCUCGAUAUAGAACACUGUAACAGACCUUCAGUGGCUAACCCUCCUUGUGAAGGGUGUCUGUCAUCAUCUUCCGGACAGCUGUCAAGUCAGCAGUUUUCACUGUGGGCGUUAGUAUUUAGAGAAAAGCUGAAGGCGUUGACCCAAGUUGAAAAUUCCAUUAAGCAAUUUGAUUCUUGUAAUAAGUCUAUAAAUUAAAUAUUCAAAUUUAAGUCAAUAAAGAGUCAGAAAGUAUUGAACUUUUAAAAAAUAUUCUCAUUCAUUGAGAUGCACCUUUAAAUAGCCACUUAGAUCAGCGAGUGGGGGUAGAAUAAUGCAACACAUCAAAAACAAAAGUAAAAUUGAUUGUAGAGAAAAAGGUUUUAGUGUUCAAAAGCUUUAGUCCAGUUCUGUAUAAUUACUGUGUGAAAUUCAUGGUGAAAUAAACCCAGGGUGGUCUUUUCUCCUGUCUAGAUGAAACGAGUGGGAUGGACAGUGACUUGGAAGAAGACACAGAGGAGUCAGGGGAGCCUCUCGCCAAACGAGAGAAGUCAGAGCACGAGGUCAUCCAGGUGAUCCAGGUCGGGGCUUUAGAGGAUGGGUCCCACCCUGUGGUCGGGGUGGUCCAGCCGAGUGUCCUCCACUCGCUGCCACAGCCCCCCCAGGACCACAGCGAGCACAUCCUCACCCCUUCUGCCGGUACCCCCACCAUCCGCCACUGCAGCGCCACAGGAAACACCUAUGCCUCGGUUUGAGGGUCCGAGGCUAACACGGGCUCUGACCUGUUUAUGCUAUCUCUCUCUCUCUCUCCACAUAUCUCUAUCUUUGAGUCUGGGGGUUUCUGUCUUUAUCAUGCAUUGUGUCUGUCUGGUCUUCUGUGGACACGCUCUAACUCUCUAUGCUCAGUCGGUGGGGGAGUGCAGAAAUGAUGACACUCUGACAGUUCAGAUUCUGGAUGUGUCGUCAUCCCUUUAGUCUGUGCUCUUCUACAAUACAGCAGGUGUAGGAGAAAGACUGAUUUUAACCCGGUAAAUGUUUCCCAUUCAGGCCUGACAUAAUGCCUCUGUCUGUCUGCAAAGACAGAUUUUAUUUUGAAGGGUAAACUCCUUUAAACUACUGAUGUCUCAGAGCUCAAAUCCAUGUCACUAGUCCCAGCAGGGCAAAGUCAUCGAGACUUUUGCUGAUUGUAAAUAGUUUUGCUUUAUUUUCGAGUGGUAUUUCUUAAAACUCAUGGUGCUAUCAUUGUGCUUGUUCUGAUUUCUACUUUUUUUUUUUUUCCAACUCUUGAUUUGGCUAAACAGAAUAUUUUGGGUAUUGUAUGUAGCUAAAAGAAACAAAGGGAUAACUUUCUAUGUAUGUUAACGGAUCCUGGGGAAGUGUCGUAUUUUCUGUUUAAAAGAUCCGAUAGUGACACACUCUUAGAUUUUAGCCACAGAAAAAAAGCAACCCUUAAAUGUCUGUGCUGCUACUUGUGUGUAAAUAGAGAUGAGAUUGUUAAGACCGGCUGUACAAAAACCACUUUCUGGAUGCUAGCUUUUCUGAGCACUUUGUGCAUAGUGCUUGCCUUUUGUUUAUUAUGCUCUGUAGUGCAGUUUACAUGACCAGCUGUCACCUUUAAAACAACUUAGUAGAUGUGUUUUCCAUGUUUUUGCAGUUUCUGUCUCGAUGAAGUUUCAUACAUUCAAGAAGGACCAAAAAAAAAAAGAAAAAAAAAAACACCUAGAGGAAGCUGAGUGUAAGCCAUUUGGGCCGACCUCGAGCUCUUUCCUGUCCCACAGUGCCAUGUCGCAGAGCAGAAGGAAUGUCAGGGAUUUAAUGUACCUCGGCUUUAUCAUAGUGCCUUAUCCUUAAAAUGCAGCUGUCCUUGUAGUCCUGACUGUGUGCUGCAGAGAGCCCACAGCCCCCUCUGCAACGUCCCAGCCACACAUUUUGGCUGUCUGGUGACUCGUGGCUGGAUUUGGGCGGGCUCAUCAGUGUCGAGACCAAGGGAUGCAGGCACAGACUCACCUGUUGUUGUUUUCUCUGGAUCAGCUCUACUAAGCUUGUUACAUAUGUGAAUCAUGGUCUUUUAGCCUUGCUCCUGCCCUAACUCUUCUCUCCUGAGGCCUAUUCUCGCAUUAGCCUUUGUGUAUGUAUGUGUGUUUGAGUGCGUGUGCGUGUGUCUGCACUGUCUCUUUUUAAUGUACAUGUGUAUAUAUAAGCCUGCGUGUUCGCUUGUGUGUCGGCGUGCUUGUGUUGGAACACAUCAUCAGUCACCCUACCUCAAACCAGUGGUGCCAGCCCUUUUUGACGCGUGCAGCACAGUCACCAAACCUUAUUGCACACACACACACACCAUUGUACUGCACAAAUCUCAACACAACAGAGAAAAACCCGCAUCGCUUUUCUCUCACCUCUGAAACGUUUUCACUUCAGCUUUUAGCCCAUCAAAUGUUUUCAUCCUUUUUGUUCCCUGUUUGAAGAUCAUCUCUGUACAGCGGACCAAAAGUAGAUAUUUUGUGAUAAUCAAAGCGAUAUAUAUAUCUAUAUAUCUAUAAAUAUAUAUGUAUAGUAUAUAUAAUGACGAUACACUACAUAUAUUUGUUGCUUUUUAUGUGGUUGAUCUGAUGGUUUCUGUUUUUCGGUAGCUCCUCGUUAAGUAGUUCAUUUUUAGACUGUGAAAUGGGAAAGGCAUGGGGGACUAACUUCUGAUCUGUUUGACUCCAUCUAUACUUGAACUGUUCUAGCCUUCUACAUCAUGGAGAAAACUGAGAUUAAUCCUCCAAACAGGAAAAAAAAAUAAUUAUUCCGUUCUUUAUUUCAGCUUGUUGAAAUGAUCCGACAGCUUCUGCGAGGAAAUGUUUAUUUAUUGAUAUUUAUUGUGUUUUGGUUUAAGGUGUCCACCCGUUUGAAGAUUAUUAUGGGUACCGAUAAUGAAUUGUGAAUUAUACCACUGCAAAGUGCAAAACUACUGAACAGUAGGACUGGAUGUUUUUUUUUUUUUUUUUUUUUUUUUUUUUAUUUAUCUUUUUCAUCAUAAGUCAGCUAGGCUUUUUGAAAAGAAAAAAAAGGUUAAAACUGUAUGCUGUAUUUAAUGGUCUCUAAUUAGUCAGUUAAUCCCUUCAAAUACAACAAAAGAAAAUGGCUCUUUGCUAUUUUUUCCUGACUGUCUGGGCAGAAUAGCAGUGAAGGGAGAGUGCUAUUCUACAACCCUGUUUCCAAAAAAAGUUGGAGCAUGUUGGCAAAAGCAGAUGUUGAUACUGAUAGUUUAAUAAUCAUUUUUACUGGAUUUUAAAAAAGACUGGGGCUGAGUCCCUCAAAAGUAACGACUGGGAGAAGUUUGUGAUGUAGCUCACACAGUAUCAAAAAUUAAGAGCAUCCAAGAAACCCUCUGUCAACAUCACAGCAUGGGCCCAAAUCACUUCCACCUUUCAACUACAAAAAAUGAAGUUUCAACAUCUUAUAUGUUGCCUUUGCACCAUUUACAAUUAAAUGUACCAUUAAAUUCUGCUUUUUUUGAGCCUAACUUUUUUGGAUAUGGGAUUGUAUUUUUGUGUCAUUAAAAUAUUUCCAAGACACUUUGAAUACCCUCAAAAGACCCAGAGACCCUUCCCUCCCUGAUGAAAUGGACGGUACAUAUCCUUUAGUUGAGCCUUACUCUCAUCCUCCAGGCUUGUAAUGUCUAUUUCCAGACCAAGCGCACAAAUCUGGCUGUCUUACUGUUUCUCUGAAGGACAGUUGGGAAAGUCUGCAAGAAAAGGUCAAUGAACUUUGAGUCGCUGUAAGAAGUCCUGAGGCGUUUUGUUUACAAGAGUCUGUGACCACAAUGAACUCCCAUAGUCGACUGCUCCGUCUCUUGGAAUUAAACUUGUAUCGGGUACAGAGAAAGUAAUGAAAGUGAUAAAAACAUAAUAAAUUGUUAAAAAAUGUUAAGUCCAAGAUCAUUCUUUAAACUUUCUCCAGAGCUGCACAUAUAUCUAUAUUCAUGAAGUGAUAUAGAAAUGGAGUCAAACAAUUCUUAAAAGCUCAAUUACCUUACUCACCACUUGCUGCAUUUUUGAGAAUUGAGUUGUCAAAAGUGAUGGUCCUGUUGUGUUUUAAAUUAUGUUUUAAUCUGUAUUGUGUGUACGGGUAAGGAAUGAAGGUUUUGCCUUAUGUUUUUUUUUUUGUUUGUUUGUUUCUCACUGAAUGCUUUUUUUGAUAAAUAUGAAUCUCAGCUCCCUUGUCAUAUGAAGUAACUACAACAUUGUAGGUGUAAACUUGUAUAAUUUUGUGCCUGAAUUGAAAAAUGAAAUGUUUUCUUUAAAUGUGUGCUUUAGGAUCAUAAGUGCUUUCUGGUCUUGCACGCCUCCCAUGUGCUGCUAGAAACUGUUUUGACUUUUCUUUUCUUUCUUCCUCUUCAGUUUUUUCCCCCUUUUCUUUUUUGUUUUAUAUCGGCUUUAUGUGCCAGACAGUGGUUUAGCUUUUCUGCAUCUCAGAGCCUGCCUGGUGAACACUGGACUGAUGUUAAUGCUGCCAACACAGUUGUACUUUAUUCUGUGUUUUUGAAAUCAAGAAGUUGGAUUGUUGUUUUUCUUUUCUUUUUUUUUUCUUUUUAAUUUUUUUUCGUAACAGCUGUUUGCAAAUGAGCCCAUUAACUAGAAAACAUAGAAAGCAGGAGCUACUCCUUUGCUUGAUAUUGGAAAAAUCUUUAAGAUGCCUCUCCACCUGGACGUAAUGGCAGCUUAACUGACCCAUAGCAGACUCCAGUGCCUUGAACUUCGCCCGGCCAGAGCAGACGGCCUGGGUGACUAAUGGGUCUCUGGUGGGCGAAAGAUAGAGGCUAUCAGAGCGUUUGGUUGCACAGGUGCUGCCGCAGGGGAAGCAUUCAGACCUGUUCUCAAAACUGGACUAUUUAUUAUUUACUGGAUGUGACGACACAAACACCUUUUUAGUGGUUUACUCAGUAGAUUACCUGCAAAUGGCUUUUUAGUGUACAGAACUGGUUAAAGAACACAGAGAGUUACUGUAAGUAAAAAAAGCUCUCUUCUGAACUUGUUUUCUCAUGGUCGUGAUUUCUUUUGUAAAAUGAUAUUUUCUGAAUGCUGUGACCUGUUUGAGAUUUGUAUUUGGUUGUUUUCUUUUUGUUUUUUUUUCCAAGUGCCAUUUGACAGUGUAGUGAGUUGUGGCCAGCUGUAGCACGCUCUAAUGCAAGCACAAGCAUUUGGCAGUGGCAUUUGAGGACUUCUGAUUUUUUUUCUUUUUUUUUUUAAUUCACCCUGGACAAAAAUAUGUAUAUAUCAAAAACUAAAAAAAGUCUAUUUAUUUGUGUCCUUAUUAUUUGAUUUGUUCUUUUUGGUGAACAGAUAUAUUUGGCGAAAGUGCUUUUGUGAUUUCUUUCUCCUUCAUUUUUUUCUUUUCUUUUCGGAUAAUGUAUAGUACCUAAUAUAAUAUAUACCCAAACAGAUUUCAUGUGACUUUCCUUUCGUGUGCCAUUCAGUUUUCUCUUCUUAAAUUUGGCAAGCAAACCAAUGCGUGUAGGGUGAUUUGUAUUGUGUAUUUUACAUCAAAAAAUGAGGACAAUUGGGGGACUUUUAUAUUUAUAAAGACAUUAUCAUUUAGUGUGUCGUAUUGAUAAUUAUAGAAACUAUUAAAGACACAUGUAGUUUGGUUUUCUGAAUAUUUCAGAUCUCAGCUCAGGCUAGCUUCUUAGUGUUGUUUUCUUAAAAUUUGUGACUUGUCUUUGCAGUAAAUAAACGUUUUCUUGUUGAAAGUCUUGUUUUUUUUUU